CACCCUUCCAGCCAGCCAGUUCAUAUACACCACUUGGGCUCCUCCUUGAUUCAAAUGUUAAGUCAAGAGGAAGAAAAACAAAUUCAAGAGCUGCUCUUAAGCGUCUAGAAUUUCUGUGUCCCACCUCCCAACAGAAGAGACUGGAUCCAGAUCUGACUCAGUCCAGUACAAGCUAAACUGUUAUCUUAACAGCAUUCCUUAAAUCUUUGGAUACAACUGGAAGAAAAGUCCAUGGUAUUGUAGCCUCUGCUGAAGGCAGGGGUCUGAAAAUCAGCAGUAAAAGCAGAAAGAUGGCGAGCCCAAGGCCUGACACUCAAGUAGACCCUGAAAUUGAGCUUUUUGUGAAGCCCACAGAUUAAGAACUUCUAAUUUUGUCUCCAGUACCUAGUUUAUUUCCCAGUGGGAACUCAAUACAUACUUGAACAGAUGAAAGAAUUGAGACUUUUCCUUACCCUAACAGGCUGGAAGUGAUGGAGAGAGUAUUGGAAACUGUCCCUUUUGCCAACGCCUUUUCAUGAUCCUCUGGCUUAAAGGAGUUAAAUUUAAUGUCACUACUGUUGACAUGACCAGAAAGCCUGAAGAGCUGAAGGAUUUAGCCCCAGGUAUCAAUCCUCCCUUCCUGGUGUAUAAUAAGGAACUGAAAACUGACUUCAUUAAAAUCGAGGAAUUUCUAGAGCAGACACUAACUCCUCCAAGGUAUCCUCAUCUGAGUCCCAAAUACAAGGAGUCCUUUGAUGCAGGCUGCAACCUCUUUGCCAAGUUUUCUGCAUACAUUAAGAAUACACAAAAAGAAGCAAAUAAGAAUUUUGAAAAAAAUCUGCUUAAAGAGUUUAAGCGUUUGGAUGACUACUUAAACACUCCACUUCUGGAUGAAAUUGAUCCAGACAGUGCUGAGGAACUCACAGUUUCCAGAAGAUUGUUCUUGGAUGGGAAUCAGCUAACACUGGCUGACUGCAGCUUGCUGCCCAAGUUGAACAUUAUUAAGGUUGCUGCCAAGAAAUACCGUGACUUUGACAUUCCAGAAGAAUUCUCAGGAGUCUGGCGCUAUCUGCACAAUGCCUAUGCCCGUGAAGAAUUUAUUCACACAUGCCCUGAAGACAAAGAAAUUGAAAACACCUAUGCUAGUGUGGCUAAACAGAAUUAGAACAGCUCUUUCGGGAGAAAAAGCUCUCUUUGUUAUCAGAUUUUACUUCCUACCAUAUUAGAAAGAUUUUUGGAAAUAAUACCAAAAAUAUUAUUUUCUUUAACUCAUUUAUAAAAAAGAACUCUGUAUUUUCUAUAUCCAGUUAUCUAGCCAUAAACUGUCCACUGUAUAUUUUAUAUAGCUUCAUAUUUCACUUCCAUUUUCUUUCUUUCUACGGUAAAUCAUUGUGAUCUUCAAGGACAUAGAAAACAUUGAGAUCUUUUGCCCUUUGAGUUCCUAGAAUGCAUAAUAUAUGAGCUAAGCAGAUUUCUGAAGUUACAAAUUACACAAGUAGAGCCACAAUCUCAAAUUGCUUCUUAGAAACAAUUCCAUUUAAAUCAUUAAAACAAUUUUAAUUUGUUACUUUGA